GUGGCGCUAUAGCCACGAAAGCGACGGGCAGUGGGCUCUGCGGCGCAGCUUCAUCUGCCGGCACCUGCACAGCUAUCCCGGAGCUGCCCUAGACCAACUCCUCGCACUCUCCACUGCCUGGACCAACCACGUUUUCCUGGGCUGCAGGUACAGCCCACGCUUGAUGGAAAAAAUUCUGCAAAUGGCUGAAGGCAUUGAUAUUGGGGAAAUGCCAUAUUCCUAUGAUCUGACGCUGUCUAAGUAUGCCAAAGGUCAAAAACGCCACCUCUCACCAUGUGACGGUCAAAAUCCUCCUAAAAAGCAAGCCGGUUCCAAAUACCAUGCAAGACCUCGUUUUGAGCCUGUCCAUUUUGUAGCUAGUAGUUCAAGCAAUGAAAGACAGGAGGAACCUUAUGGACUGCAAACAAGAGAGAUAAAUGAGCAGAUACACUUUGCCAGCAUGUCAAGAGACGUCUCCCAAGAUUAUACGCAAGACUCUUUCAGUAUCCAAGAUGGGAAUUCUCAGUACUGUGAUUCAUCAGGAUUUCUUUACACAAAAGACCAGCCUGUAACAGCAAACAUGUAUUUUGACAAUGGAAAGCCUGCUCCAAGCAGCACUUCCCAUCAGGGAAACUCCCAAGCAGCUUCUGAGCCUUCACCAUCACAGACGUUUCCCGAGUCAGUGGUCGCUGAGAAACAGUAUUUCAUUGAAAAGUUAACAGCGACUAUCUGGAAAAACCUUUCAAAUCCAGAGAUGACAUCUGGCUCCGAUAAAAUCAAUUAUACUUACAUGUUAACACGCUGUAUUCAGGCAUGUAAAACAAACCCUGAGUAUAUUUAUGCCCCUUUAAAAGAAAUCCCACCAGCUGACAUCCCCAAAAAUAAAAAACUUCUAAUUGAUGGUUAUGCAUGUGAAGUUCGCUGUCAAAAUAUCUACUUAACUACAGGUUAUGCUGGCAGCAAGAAUGGGUCCAGGGAUCGAGCAACUGAACUAGCUGUGAAACUCUUGCAGAAGCGGAUUGAAGUGAGAGUUAUCCGACGGAAAUUCAAGCACACAUUUGGGGAGGACCUUGUGGUGUGUCAGAUUGGUAUGCCUUCUUAUGACUUUCCCCCGGCACUGAAACCACCAGAAGAGCUGGUAGUAUUAGUGAAAGAUGCUUCUGGGCAGCCAAUUUUUAAUGCUUCUGCCAAACACUGGACCAAUUUUGUCCUUACAGAGAAUGCAAAUGAUGCAAUUGGCAUCCUUAACAACUCUGCCUCGUACAACAAAAUGUCUGUUGAGUACAAAUAUGAGAUGAUGCCAAAUCGCACCUGGCGCUGUCGGGUAUUUUUGCAGGAUCACUGCUUAGCUGAAGGUUAUGGAACAAAAAAAACAAGUAAACAUGCAGCUGCUGAUGAGGCUUUGAAGAUUCUUCAAAAGACCCAGCCCACUUACCCAUCCGUCAGAAGUUCUCAGUGCCAAGCCAACUCGUCGCCCAAGGGAUCUGGGAAGAAGAAAGACAUAAAGGACCUCGUGGUGUAUGAGAACUCUUCCAAUCCUGUGUGCACCCUGAACGACACAGCUCAGUUUAACCGGAUGACCGUGGAGUACGUGUACGAGCGAAUGACAGGCCUCCGGUGGAAAUGCAAGGUGAUCCUAGAGAGCGAAGUAAUUGCGGAAGCCGUUGGCGUGAAGAAGACUGUCAAGUAUGAAGCCGCGGGGGAGGCUGUAAAAACCCUCAAAAAGACCCAGCCCACUGUCAUUAACAACUUGAAGAAAGGAGCAGUGGAGGAUGUGAUUUCCAGAAAUGAAAUUCAGGGCCGCUCAGCAGAGGAGGCUUACAAACAGCAAAUCCGAGAAGACAACAUCGGCAAUCAGCUGCUGCGAAAGAUGGGCUGGACAGGGGGUGGGCUCGGUAAGUCUGGUGAGGGAAUACGGGAGCCCAUCUCGGUCAAAGAGCAGCAUAAGCGAGAGGGGCUGGGACUUGACGUUGAAAGAGUGAAUAAACUUGCCAAGCGAGAUAUUGAACAGAUCAUCAGAAAUUAUGCCCGCUCGGAGAGCCACACGGAUUUGACUUUCUCUACGGAACUGACUAAUGAUGAGCGGAAGCAAAUACACCAGAUUGCACAGAAAUAUGGCCUGAAGAGUAAGUCCCACGGAGUGGGCCACGACAGGUACCUGGUAGUUGGGAGGAAAAGACGGAAAGAAGACUUGCUGGACCAGCUCAAACAGGAGGGCCAGGUGGGGCAUUAUGAACUUGUAAUGCCUCAAGCAAAUUGAGUUCUUACUAAUUUAUUUUGUAAAUGCCUUAUGAGGCAAAUUUAUAAACAAAAGAGAUGCUACAUUUUCUGGGGGCAGAGCAAUUGUUUCAUAUAGUGCUUUAUUGGAUAUGAAAACCUGGAAAAAUCUGUCCACUUGUAUUAGCUUAAUCCACAUGAUGGCAUUGUGCAGUUACUGUUCGUGUCUUUGAUACUGCUAUGCCCCCUUGGAUUUUGGCUAUUUGUACAAAGCAAGAACACAUCUCUGAAUGGGAUUUUACUCUGAGAACAAAUUCUCAUUUUAAAGGGCAUAUAUAGCACAGCAGUCCGCAACAUUAUGUAAAGUUGAUGUUGACUACAGCAAAACUACAGUCUUCCAUAAUUACAGAAAAGUGUCCCAUCAUUUUGUAUUAUCUAUUUUCAUCUUUGUGUGAGGCUAGCUCUAUAGAAUGUUUACCAGUAAAUUGUGCUGUACUUGAAAAUGUCCUGAUCAAUGAAAUGAUGUAAAACUUCCUUAAAGGAAUUUUAGUGUUCAUUUUAUUUAUAACUUCUACCACAUGACUCCCCACCCCCCGAAUAUUGGGAGUGAUUUACUGUACCUUGUGAUACAUGAUGGGUUUUAAUAAAUGCUACUCUUCAUGCUGAGAGAGCACUGCUUGUGGGAGCAAUUGAAAGGAGUCUGAAACAGGUCCAUUCUGAAGAAAGGAAGCUUGAGCUGUUUGUUCUUGGUGCCUUGCAGAGAGACUCACAGCGACUCCCCAUUCUAGCUUUCCCGUGGUUUGGAUGUGCAGCACAUCCAGGCCGGCCACAGCUGUGGCAGAGCUUGAUGUAAAAAAACUGAAGACAUUGGUGCUUAGAGGAGAAGGUCAGUUGGCUGGUCCGUCUCUCAUAAAGCUUAUUAAGCCUCAAAAGUUGACUUUGUAACAUAUUUAAAACUGCUAUUUUCGCUUAUUUCUGGGAUGUAUAAAAAAAUUGUACAAAGUGGAUUAGUGUAUGCUUCCUGAAUAAAAGGAGCCCAAGUUGA